AUUGCGCAGUGGUAACUAAAAGAGGUAACUAUAUAUAGUCACGGCGCAGUCGCGACGUUAGACCUUCUGCGCUCGACCUUUUGUGCGAUGCCGUCAGUAGCUGAUGAGCUUUCGCGAGCUUCGAGGAUGCAAGGAACACCUAUAUCUUGGAAAUCGAAUCCCGUCGCGGCCGUCCAUGAUUACAAGAAGGAUGUGCAGCUGAGCAUUCAGCUAAAUCGUUGGUUACUGAAGCCGAUUGGCGUCUGGCCGCAAUCAGCCGAUAUUUCGUGGGUUGAAAAAUUUGUAUACGUCCUGGUGAACAUAAUCUGCACCAGUAUGAUCGGUUUUCUGUUCAUCCCCUGCGUCAUGUACAUCGUACUCGAAAGCGAAGAUACCUACUAUACGCUGAAGCUCUCCGGAGCGUUGAGCUUUUGCUUAAUGGCUAUCGUCAAGUAUUCCUCGCUCAUUUGCCGCGAGAAUGAUAUCCGCAGAGGCAUCCAGCACAUCGAGACUGACUGGAUAGACACGCAACAUUAUAGCGAUAGGAACAUCAUGAUCAGAAACGCAAAAUUCGGUCGUCGACUUGUGGUGAUUUGCGCGUUCUUCAUGUACGGUGGUGCUGUGUUCUAUUACCUCGCCAUGCCGUUUAGCAUGGGUAAGAUCACGGAACCCGACACAAACUUGACGUAUCGGCCGCUCGUGUAUCCGGUCGCUAAAGUUGUCGUUGACGCACGAUAUAGCCCCGUCAGCGAGAUCUUCUUCUGGUUGCAAUGUAUGUCAGGUUUCAUCGCUCAUUCUAUCACGACCGGUGCUUGCAGUUUGGCGGCAGUGUUCGCCAUACACGCUUAUGGACGUCUAGAGGUUCUGAUGAAAUGGAUUGAACAUUUGGUGGAUGGUCGGGAAGAUUUUUGCGGCAGCAUGGACGACAGACUGGCGAUGAUUGUGCAGCAGCACGUUCGGGUCUUGCGUUUUGUAUCGCUAACGGACAGGGUACUACGCGAAAUAUCUGUCGUGGAAAUUGUAGGAUGUACGUUAAACAUGUGUUUUCUCGGAUAUUAUGCUAUCACGGAAUGGGAAAAUAAAGAGAUUGCCGCUUACGUAACAUACGUUAUUCUGCUCAUAUCUCUCACGUUUAACAUCUUCAUACUUUGUUAUAUUGGCGAACUUAUUGCCGAACAGUGCAAAAAGAUCGGCGAGGUGUCGUACAUGAUCGAUUGGCAUCGACUAUCGGGAAAGAAGGGUCUCGCUCUCGUACUAAUAAUUACAAUGUCCAAUUCGUCCGCCAAACUUACCGCCGGAAAUCUCUUUGAGUUGUCUCUCAGUACUUUUGGUGACGUGGUUAAGACAUCUGUCGGCUACUUGAACAUGUUACGCACAUUAACUUCGUAAAAUAUCUCCGUGCAAAUGUGCAAAUUAUGGAUGAAGAUGUGCAAAUUAUGCAGGACGAAUUGGUACAUUGAUUAAUUACUAAUAAAUAUCAAUUAGUUAGUUGCCCUCAUGUCGAGUAAAAGUUAAAGAAAAGAAAUAUACCUUUGAGAGAGUAGUGAUUUAAUAAAUAAAAAACAUAAAUGUUUAUAAAAAAUGAUUACUUAAGGUAUUCGACGCGCAUUUGUCAUGAUGUUCUAUACCAUUUUUAAGCACCACACACUAUAUCACGCGAUAAAAAAUUAUGGAGUGCAAAUUGAGUAAAAAAAGAUUUAUUUUUCUACUUUACGAAAUGUAGUGUAAAUUUUCCGAAUAACAGUCAGAAUUUUUUCCUCUUCAAGUAACUAAGUAACAGUAUUGAAAUUACAUAACAA